AUGACCGUAUCUGCACACCGUGGAAUCCACCUACAAUGGUGGGAAAAAGUAAGUAUGUUAAAGAUGGACCUAGCGCUCUCAAGAUGACACCUCGGACCUUAUUUCCUUUAUUAUUCUUUACUUCCUUAUAUUAAUUAAUUUGUUUAUUUAUUUCCCACAGAUCUCAAUUAUGACAAAUUACUACCUAUUUUUGGUUCGAUCUAUUUGUUAAGAAUAACUCUUAAAAUUUCUCUAUUUGGAUAGAGGAAAAAUAGGAAACGACUUAAGGACAUAUCAGGGAGCCUCAGGCAUAGUCAAGAAAACUACGUUAAUAUGUUUAUUUGUUGUUUUUGUGGUUGUUGUUGAUGUUGUUGUUUUUUUAUUUUUCUUUUACCGAAGUAGUGUGUGUGUGUGUCGGUGAACAGCUUUAUGGGAUUUUAUGAUUUUAUUUUCCGGCUGGUUUCCUCUCGGCAAAUGGAACGGAAAAUGAUUUUCCUUUCAAUUCAAGUUUAUUUCAAAUAUCUCUGAAUUGACUCAAGUAUCAUUUUUGUUUUUGUUUUUUUGUACAGUAAGAUGUUACUAACCCCGAUUUUCAUAAACAGCUCCUGUAAUCCCGCCCAGCCGGGUCACCCCUUUGUGAUGGUAGGGUCACUCUCCUACCUGGGCAAACUUUUCUCCAUAUAAACACUUUGGUUCGCCCAGGCGGGUCAACUCAGUGAAGGCGAGACAAUCAGAGCAUGCGCGGGAGCUGUUUUAGACAACAGGAACUUUGAGAUCCAACGACCCGACGGCAACAAGGACGUCGCUUAAAAAGUGAAUUUGCGUUCUUCAGUCUUUAUAACGAUUAUUCCUACCCACUUUGUCAAAUGUAGGCAAACCCUCCUGAAGCUGAAUUUCAUGGGACCAUAGCCAAGCUCAGAAGGGAAAUAAAAUUUCGUCGUUGCUUUACGUCCUCCAUGAAGGUGAUUUUACACGGGACGAUUCGCAACGACGAUUUUCUGCGCAACACAGCGUUGCAAUGUUGGAACCAUACAGUAAUCAUUGGAAACAAUGUUGCAACCCUGUGUUUAGCUAAAAAUCGUCGUUGCGAAUCUUCCCGUGUAACAUCACCUUAAAAAGCAAAAUUAGGCAUUUUCACGUCGUAGUCGUGCAAAAACAGGAAAGAAAUGUACAAAAACGGGUGAUGCACGUACGAAGUUGUUCAGUUUGCUUAUUAAAACAAUUGUUUUUUGCCGUCCUCGUUGCUGUCCGAGUUGUUGGAUCUUAAAGUCUUUAAUCAGAGCAUAGGCGAGCACUGUUGGGUCGGACAAAGCAGUCAGCUUUCUUCUCAAAAUACGUAUAACCGCUCGUUAAGGUUGACUCGGCUGGGAGGGUGACCGUCUUUCCCGCGAUUGUUUUUUUCUUUACAUAAGAGGGGCCUAAGAAUAUUUUAUAGUUAAACACAUUUAAUCAAAAAAGUAAACGUUUAAAAAGAAAGAACUUUCGACCAUCCAAUGGUCAUUUUCUUCCAUGCUAUCAGUGGCCUCUUUUCCCUGGUAUGGGGCAGGGAAAAGAGGUCACUACUAACAGGGAAGUCAUUUUCAACUUCAGGAUUUAUAAGAAGUAAAAAAUAGCAAGUGCAUAUAUACAAUUGUGAAUGGACUAAUGAGAUAAAGACUAAAAACUGAUGGGACUAAAAAGCGUUCUACUCAGUAUCUCAUUAGUCCAUUCACAAUUGUAUAUAAGCGUAUGCUAAUUUUCACUUCUUCUCCUGAACUUAAAAAUGACCAUCGUUCUUUUUUUUAACGUUAACUUUAAUUCAUAGUUAAAUCCGUUUCGAAAACUUUGCUUAAAAAAAUUGUCAGAUUUAAGUAAGUAUAUUGAUAAUUACUAUCAAGUAAACGCGAUAAGUUUUGUUUUAAAGGAGCCAGGAGAGGACAGGUUCACUGACCAUGUCCACCGAUCUAUCUUUACAGCGUCUACUCCUGUCCAAGAUCAGACUACAAAUAGUUCAAGUAGCGGCCCUUCCUCAAAGGCAGUCACGGUCACAGAACUUCCCGCACAUGAGAACGUAAAGAAUGAUGUACCCGAGAAGGCAACAGGGGAAAACAAGUUAUUGUUUUUGUUGUUCCUCCUUUUUGCCUUCCCAAUAAUAGGAAUCGCUGUAUUCUGUUGCAAAAGAAGAAAGAGUCGGAAGCCUGAGGAAAAGGACGCCAGAAAGGUUGAACAAACCUGUCCUCUGAUGUCACGUAGAUCACGUAAGUUACUGAUUAAGGUGGCUCGAUACAGUUUUUCAGGGUCAAUACCUCUCAAGUUUGAGCAUAAACUACGUCGCCAAAAACAAAGUUUUGGAAAAUUUGCCACCACAGUUGUAUUAGAUAAAGAUGAAAAUUUGUUAUGAUCAGUGUUGCAACGGCAUCGGAGUUGUCAUAGCAACGAAAUGACGCUAAUGCCUAUUUUACUUGCAGCGGUAUAUAUCGGCACUGGGAACUGUUCUUCGAAAAUCGUUCACGGGAGCUUUUUCCUCCAAUAGCAGCCUCGAUGUUCGUGAAGUUUGAGCGAAAUCUGUAAGAGCGUUAUCGAGAUAUUUUGCGAUAAUGUUUUUAUUGUAAGUUAGAAACACAGUAAAAAAUGGACAAUAAUGGUGUUCGGCUGUUAUCUAUAGAAAACGAAGCGCUUUUGACAUGCAAUUUCACCUCAUAGUAGUUUCAAUCUUUUUAAAAGCGUGUGUGUGAGAGAUCAUGGGAGAUAGCUCCAGCCGAUUGCAAGAAAGAAGGGUUUGAUUAGUAUGUAUCAAAGCGCUCUUGUUAGCGGUUUUGUAAACAUUUUGGUCUGCUUUAACAAGUUAGCGAAUAAUUUUUAAACCGCUCCAUAGGUUUUUUUAAAACUUUAAGAUUCCUGACAUUAACCUUCCUUUUAUAUGACCUUUUAGUUUCAAGUUUAUUGAUAUACUGUAAGACAGUAAAAUAAGGGCUACAAUUCGUUACUUUUUUAUCGGAAGUUUCGUCAUUACAAGUGAGCAUAAAAUCAAAUCCUUCUUUCUAGCAAACGGGUGGAGCUAUCUCCUUGAUCUUUCACACACGUUUUUAAAAAGAUUGAAACUACUAUGAGGUGAAAUUGCAUGUCAAAAGCGCUUCGUUUUCUAUAGAUAACAGCCGAACACCAAGAUUGUCCAUUUUUUACAGUAUUUCUAACCACAAAAUCUUUAUCCCAAAAUAUCUCGAUAACGCUAUUACAGAUUUCGCUUAAACUUCACGAACAUCGAGGCUGCUAUUGGAGGAAAAAGCUCCCGUGAAUGAUUUUCGAAGAACAGUUCCCAGUGCCGAGAUAUACCGCUGCAGUAAAAUAGGUAAUAGCGCCAUUUCGUUGCUAUGACAACUCUGAUGCCGUUGCAACCCUGAUCAUAACAAAUUUUCAUCUUCAUCUUACACAACUGUGGUGGCAAUGUUUCCAAAACUUUGUUUAUGGCGACGUAGUUUAUGCUCAAACUUCGGGAAUUGGCCCUGAAAAACUGUAUCGAGCCACCUUAAAGCGUCAGAAUUUAUUUUUUAUGGUCUUAGUCUAGAAACUACAGAAGUAGAGAGAGCUCUAUUCUUAUUCCUGCAAUGUUGUUUAAAAUGCAAGGGGUAACGACCAUAAGUCUUUAAUUAAACUUCCUGACAAACGAAUCAGUUAUGCUUGUACUAAUGCUCGGGUGACUGGUCAAGUCCAAGAUUCCAACCUCCCUAUCCAUGACACUAUCACUAGUCAAUCACUCCCCUUAAGUUAAGAUUUAUCAGUCAGAGCAAUGUUUUUUUACUGGACUAGCCCGCAGGAAAAUUUCCCAGCCUGCGUAGCUGGCUGAAUUGUUUUUUGCGCCUGUGAGAGUUUUGGGGGCAAAGCCGGCGCGAAUGCAUGAAGGAAGCGAGUGCCGAAGGCGCGAGAAAAUUCAAAGCGUCUCCUCCCCAUUCUUCGCACGGCCUCGUGCUCCUACUAACGAUCCCGCCGGCUACCCAGGCUAGGAAAAUUUCUCUGGGUUUGAGUUGAUUUCUCACUUGAAACUCUUAUCAAAUUGUCAAAAACAUUUCGUAUUAACUCAAUAUUCUUCAUCCUUAUUAUAAGUAUAUGUAUGCAUUAAUAUUAAUAUUCAGGUGGGCUAGUUUCUUUUUUUCUCCAGGUGGCUUAGAUACGUUGGUCCGAGACGUAGUUGUUGAGGACAGGCGGAAAAUCACAAGUUGGCUUAAUGAAAAAACCUCAGAU